UCUCGUUUCGCUGAAGGAAGUGUAGUUUAUCCGAUUCUUGCUGCUAAAAGGGGUUGGACAAAAAUAUUUUCACAUCAUGAACAACUGCAAUAGCUUCGUCAACAUGGCGUCGAUAGGAGAUUUCGACCCUCUCAAUGCUUCCAUACCCGCCACCAAAGUUGAAAUCACGGUGUCUUGCAGAAAUCUGCUGGACAUGGAUACCUUCUCUAAGUCAGAUCCAAUAUGCGUUCUGUACACACAAGGCAUCGGCAAUAAGGAGUGGAGAGAGUUUGGAAGGACAGAGGUGAUUGAAAACAAUCUCAACCCAGAGUUUGUUCGUAAAUUCAUCUUGGAUUAUUUCUUUGAGGAACGACAGAAUCUGAGAUUUGACUUGUACGAUGUCGACUCAAAGAGCGCCAACCUGUCAAAACAUGACUUCCUUGGCCAGGCGUUCUGUACGUUGGGAGAGGUGGUGGGAUCGCUGGGCAGCCGCAUGGAGAAACCUCUCGUGGGCAUUCCUGGAAAGAAGUGUGGAAACAUCAUUGUUAAGGUAGAAGAGAUGGGAAACUGCAGGGAGUCAGUGAUGAUGCAGUUCUGUGGGAAUAAACUGGACAAGAAAGAUUUCUUCGGCAAGUCAGACCCUUUCCUCGUCUUCUACCGCAGCAAUGAAGAUGGAACGUUCACAAUCUGCCAUAAAACAGAGGUGGUGAAGAACACACUAAACCCAGUGUGGCAGGCCUUCAAGAUACCUGUCAGAGCACUCUGCAAUGGAGACUACGACAGAACGAUCAAGAUAGAAUGCUACGACUGGGACAGAGAUGGAAGUCAUGACUUCAUAGGAGAGUUCAGUACCAGCUACAGAGAGCUGUCCAGAGGCCAGUCCCAGUUCAAUGUGUAUGAGGUGGUAAAUCCGAAGAAGAAAGGAAAAAAGAAAAAAUACCUAAACUCUGGAACGGUAACACUGCUCUCAUUCCUGGUGGAUAUAGAAGUCACCUUCCUCGACUACAUCAAAGGAGGGACCCAGAUAAAUUUCACAGUGGCGAUUGAUUUCACCGCUUCAAACGGCAACCCAGCCCAGCCCACCUCCCUCCACUACAUGAGUCCCUACCAGAUGAAUGCCUAUGCCAUGGCCCUGAAGGCUGUAGGGGAGAUCAUCCAGGACUACGACAGUGAUAAGAUGUUCCCUGCUUUGGGCUUCGGCGCCAAGCUGCCCCCCGACGGACGGGUCUCACAUGAGUUCGCCCUGAAUGGCAACCCCCAAAACCCAUACUGUGCAGGUAUAGAUGGAGUGAUGGAGGCAUAUUACCAGAGCCUGAAGUCAGUCUGCCUCUACGGCCCAACCAACUUCUCUCCUGUUAUCAACCAUGUGGCCAGGUAUGCUGCAUCAGUGAAGAAUGGCUCUCAGUACUUCAUCCUCCUCAUCAUUACAGAUGGAGUCAUCUCAGACAUGGCCCAAACCAAGGAGUCCAUCGUCAACGCAUCGUGUCUUCCCAUGUCGAUUAUCAUCGUAGGGGUGGGACCAGCAGAAUUUGAUGCGAUGAUUGAGUUGGACGGGGAUGAAGUGAGGAUCUCGUCGAGGGGAAGAUAUGCAGAGAGGGACAUUGUUCAGUUUGUCCCGUUCAGAGACUACAUCGACCGGACAGGGAACCAUAUCCUGAGUAUGGCCCGUCUAGCCAAGGAUGUCCUGGCUGAGAUCCCUGACCAGUUCCUCUCCUACAUGAGGACCAGAGGCAUCAAGCCCUCACCCGCACCCCCUCCCUACACACCCCCUGGGUACCCUGUGCAGAGCCCUGAUGGACACCCAUUAAAUACCCCCCCAGGACACCCACUGCAGACACAGAUCUGAAGGGUGUGGAGAUGCCCCCUGGUCCCGAACAACACCUCUUCAAAUUUGUAUUUGUCUCUCCUCUCUGCAUCACUAGCUCAAUGAUAGGAGAGGCCUUCUUGGCUCUCUCGCUCUCUCUCAUUGCACUAAUGGAGACUGACUGACUGGCAGAAUGAAUGGCAGGGUUCUAGAAGUUUUUACUGAGAGGUUCUAAAGGGUUCUACUUCGGAACGGGUGGAUGGAGUCAACAAGGGUAUGUUUACUUCCAUUGUCUGGACUUCCUGUAUAUCGGCCAAUGGAGACACUCUCUGGGACACACCUGGGAAUACCGGGAAGAUAGACAGAGUCUGGUCUUCCCAACUGACCUGGCAAGGAAUAAAGGAGUUAAGGAAAGGAUGAAUGAAGGAAGGAAGGAAGGGAGGAUGAAAGGAGGAUAGGAAGGAAGUUCCUGGGGACUGGCCUUUUUCAGGAGCAGAGUGGCGAAUGGAUGUGGAAUCACUUGACUGUUGUAAAUAACUGGAAAUAUAUGUCCUUCUCUCUCCCUCUCUCUCUGGUCUCUCUCUCUCUCUCUGGUCUCUCUCUUUCUCUCUCU